GUCGUAAGUUCAUCAUUGCCAAUGCCCGGGUCGAGAACUGCGCCAUCAUAUUCUGCAACGAUGGCUUCUGUGCCAUGUGCGGCUACUCGCGGGCUGAGAUCAUGCAGAAGCCCUGCACCUGCAACUUCCUGUACGGCCCUCACACCAAGCGGCUGGCCAUCGCCCAGUUGGCUCAAGCACUGCUGGGUUCGGAGGAGAGGAAAGUGGAGAUCAACCUCUACAGGAAGGACGGUGGGUGUUUCCUGUGUCUGGUGGAUGUGGUGCCGGUGAAGAACGAAGAUGGCCUGGUGAUCAUGUUCAUCCUCAACUUCCAGGUCAUUUCAGACGACAAACAGCCCAACCAGGACCUCAACCACAAGCUUCCCCCCUGGCUCCCCACAGGCCGACCGCGUGGCUUCAAGCUCCGUCUGCCCUCACUUCGUUCCCUCAGCAACAGCAAAGCCUCUCUGGACGACCCAGAGACAGGGCGCCUCCCGGCCCCUGGCUACCCCAGCCACGAGUGCCUGGCUCUGGGAGAGCUGCUCUCCCUGCCCACAUUACCUCCGGGGCACAAGAGCUCCAGUAUCGCAGGCAGCAGAAGCAGGCCGGCCCUCCUGUGGCCCGAGGACCAGCGUGGCCUGCUGGGCUCAGAGCCUCCACCGUCCGCCGCCCCCUCCUCACUUCCCGCCGGCCAGUCGCCAUCCCGCAUCGCUCUCCAGACGCUCAACCCGGACGUCUCUCUGUCCAACUGCAGUCUGUCACACAGUCGCUCCCGCGAGAGCUUCUACAGCAUGAGGCGGGCGUCGUCAGUGGAUGACAUCGAGGCCAUGCGGCCGGCGUCAGACCGGAAAUACAGCACAGCCCAUCCCAUCCACAGCAGCACAGGGGCGGUGAACAACAAGUCCAACAUCCUUAACUCCACGUCGGACUCGGACCUCAUGCGUUACCGCACCAUCAGUAAAAUCCCUCAGAUCACCCUGAACUUCGUGGACUUCAGGGCGGACCCCCUGAUCACGCUGCCCGCGGGGGACAUGGACAUCAUAGCCCCCUGCAAGCUCAUCGACCGCACACACCACGUCACCGAUAAAGUCACCCAGGUGCUGUCGCUGGGUGCUGACGUCCUGCCAGAGUACAAGCUCCAGGCCCCUCGCAUCCACAAGUGGACCGUCCUCCACUACAGCCCCUUCAAGGCAGUGUGGGACUGGCUCAUCUUGCUGCUGGUCAUCUACACAGCUAUCUUGACCCCCUACUCCGCCGCCUUCCUCCUCAAUGACCACGAGGAGGCGGCUAUGGUGAACUGUGGCUACUCGUGCUCGCCGCUCAACGUGGUCGACCUAAUCGUGGACAUCAUGUUCAUCGUGGACAUCGUCAUUAACUUCAGGACGACGUAUGUCAAUACUAACGACGAGGUGGUCAGCGCUCCACUGAGGAUAGCGGUCCAUUACUUCAAGGGCUGGUUCCUCAUCGACAUGGUGGCAGCCAUUCCCUUCGACCUGCUCAUCUACCGCAGCGGAGAGGAGACGACUACUCUGAUAGGCCUGCUGAAGACAGCCCGCCUCUUGAGGCUGGUGCGCGUGGCGAGGAAGCUGGACCGCUACUCGGAGUAUGGCGCCGCCGUCCUCUUCCUGCUCAUGUGUACAUUCGCCCUUAUCGCCCACUGGCUGGCGUGCAUCUGGUACGCCAUCGGCAGCGUGGAGCGCAAUGGCAGCAUUGGCUGGCUCCACACGCUGGGCGAGUCUUUGGGGAAACACUACAACGAGACGGUGCAUGGCUCGGGCCCUUCCAUAAAGGACAAGUACGUGACGGCACUCUACUUCACCUUCUCCAGUUUGACCAGCGUGGGCUUUGGCAACGUCUCCCCCAACACCAACUCUGAGAAGAUCUUUUCCAUCUGUGUCAUGCUUAUCGGAUCUCUGAUGUACGCCAGCAUCUUUGGGAACGUGUCGGCCAUCAUCCAGAGGUUGUACUCGGGUACAGCGAGGUACCACACCCAGAUGCUGCGGGUCCGAGAGUUCAUCCGGUUCCACCAGAUCCCAAACCCACUGAGGCAGCGGCUGGAGGAGUACUUCCAACACGCCUGGUCCUACACUAACGGCAUCGACAUGAAUGCUGUGUUGAAGGGGUUCCCAGAGUGUCUCCAGGCUGACAUCUGCCUCCACCUCAACCGUACCCUCCUGGAGAACUGCAAAGCCUUCAAGGGCUCCACUAAGGGCUGCCUGCGAGCCCUGGCCAUGAAGUUCAAGACCACCCACGCCCCGCCCGGCGACACCCUGGUGCACGCCGGCGACGUGCUCACCGCCAUCUACUUCAUCUCCCGCGGCUCCAUCGAGAUCCUCCGAGGCGACGUGGUGGUGGCCAUCUUGGGGAAGAAUGACAUAUUUGGCGAGCCCAUCAACCUUUACGGGCGAGCUGGGAAGUCUAACGCCGAUGUGAGAGCUCUGACCUACUGUGACCUCCAUAAGAUCCACAGAGAGGACGUCCUGGAGGUGUUAAACAUGUACCCCGAGUUCUCCGACCACUUCUGGAUGAACCUGGAGAUAACCUUUAACCUCCGGGAUACCAAUAUGAUUCCUGGCUCUCCAGAAAGUGACAACUCAGACUGUAUAGGAUUCAACAAACUGCGCAGACGCAAACUAUCAUUCCGGCGCCGGACAGAGAAGGAUGAUGCAGAUGCAGGAGAAAUUAAAAAGGAGAGAGACAAUAAACCACUACGGCGGAGACAGAAGGAGGCGGCCAGUAACCAGGGGGAGGGGCCUCUGAGCUCAGUGUCCUCCCACUCCAGUGGCGAUGAAGGGGAGGAGUCUGUGGUCACAUGCCCUGCCCCUCCAUCGGCUCUGCAUGAGAUGUCCCCGGCUAAGGCCACCACCCUUAACUUCAGCGACACUCCCGAGGGGGAGGGAGACCCAAAGGGGGGCAACACCUGCAAUGCACUCACAGGAGCAUUUUCAGGGGUGUCCAACAUCUUCAGUUUCUGGGGUGAGAGUCGGGGCAGUCGUGAGUACCAGGAACUGCCGCGCUGCAGCCUGCCUUACCCUCCCCCUCUUAACACGCCCCUCAACAGCAUUGGCCGCAGGCAGCGCACCGAGCUGGAGAACAGACUGGACCUGCUACAGAAGCAACUCAACAGGCUGGAAACGAGGAUGUCGACAGACAUCGGGGCAAUCAUGCAACUACUACAGCGCCAGAUGGCCCUGGUGCCCCCAGCCUACAGCACUGUGUCGUCUCCCCCUCAGUCCUCACCCUACCCUGACCCUGGUCCUGGAGAGAGGCUGUUGAAGUCUGAGACACUGGCUUCCCUCUCACAGAUCUCACACCCCCAGGACUUUGAGGAGUUCCCCGGCAAGUUGUGUGACUCUCUCCGCAGCCCUGAUCAGCUGCACCCCCAGGACCCGCCUCUGGUCAGCCCCACCAAGACACGACGAGACACCACUGGGCUGGGCAGCUUAAUCCUGGACCUGGACCUGGACCUGGGCAGCCUGGAGCUAGAACUAGGGGCUGGGUCAGUGGCAGGGUUGGAGUCAGGGAUGCGCGCAGGUUCAGGGUUGGGGUCAGGGAUGCGGGCAGGUUCAGGGUUGGGGUCAGGGAUGCAGGCAGGUUCAGGGUUGGGGUCAGGGAUGCAGGCAGGUUCAGAGUUGGGGUCAGGGAUGCGGGCAGGUUCAGGGUUGGGGUCAGGGAUGCGGGCAGGUUCAGUGUUGGGGUCAGGGAUGCGGGCAGGUUCAGGGUUGGAGUCAGGGAUGCAGGCAGGUUCAGGGUUGGGGUCAGGGAUGCAGGCAGGUUCAGAGUUGGGGUCAGGGAUGCGGGCAGGUUCAGGGUUGGGGUCAGGGAUGCGGGCAGGUUCAGGGUUGGGGUCAGGGAUGCAGGCAGGUUCAGAGUUGGGGUCAGGGAUGCGGGCAGGUUCAGGGUUGGGGUCAGGGAUGCGGGCAGGUUCAGGGUUGGAGUCAGGGAUGCAGGCAGGUUCAGGGUUGGGGUCAGGGAUGCAGGCAGGUUCAGGGUUGGGGUCAGUGGGAGGAGCGAAUGGCCUGGACCCUGAAACCCAGCGAAGGCUCUCUCUGCCUGAGCCACAGACGCCCCUGGACUCACAGACACCGCAGAGGCACAGCUCCGACCCUGGGGGGAGCUAAGGAGCGGUGAGGGGAGGGAGGAGAAUAGGGACAGAGAGAGGGAAAGGAGGGGUAGCUCUGUUUUCCCUCUUUCCCAGUCACACAUCUCAUUGGGUCCGUUCCCUCAGUCCAGGCGUAAACAGACACACAUAAGGGGGCGUCCCUUUUCUCCCUUCAGCCUCUAAAACCUCACCUAUAGGCACUGAGUGUGUCUCACCUCUGACCUCUGACCUGAGGAGAAACCUUGUUUGGAGAGGGGGGCAUGUCUCUCUUCUUCAGGGGUCCUUUCCCCUAUCCAGCUCCUAACGUUACCACAGCGUUACCAAACCCAGAGAGAGGGAGAGAGAAGCACAGCCCUUCUGAACUCAGUCCUGUCCUUUAUGGCCUACAGAGAUGACUACAGACCGCUCAGUCACAUGACUGGUUCUGUUAAGAAACGUCCCUUUACUGCUGUAUCCAGUACUGGAUUACCAUAAUGGGGAGGGGAAAAACAAUAAUAAUUAUAUAAGUAGCCAUUAUGUCUUGCACUGAAAUUUACAGACAUUCUAUCUAACAUGUCCGUGACGCUUCCGAAAACUGGUUGGUUGGUGGACUGUAGUGUUAGCUGGCCUAACAGAAACUCUGGUGUCCUGUCCUGUCCCUUCAUUGGCCCCUUUUCCCUAAGGUCCAUAUCCCCGGAGGCGGAG